UAAGACCCUGGAAGUUUCUGUUGGGGUUGGCGUUCGUGCACUUCCCUGCUGGGGGCGCGCACACGUCACGUCACUACAGUCACUGCCUCAGUGAGAUGUAGGAGACCAGGGCAACAGCAUAAUAUUAACCACCAGGGAUGAGGAUGAAUUGACUUGCCACCCAGCAAGGAGGGUUGCGUACGAUGAGUGGGAAGAGCCUGCUGCUGAAGGUGAUCCUGCUCGGGGACGGAGGAGUAGGCAAGUCCUCGCUGAUGAACCGCUACGUCACCGACCGCUUCGACUCCCAGUCAUUUCACACCAUAGGUGUCGAGUUCCUCAACAGGGACCUGGAAGUGGAUGGACGCUUUGUUACCCUGCAGAUCUGGGACACCGCCGGCCAGGAGCGUUUCAAGUCCCUGCGCACGCCGUUCUACCGAGGGGCCGACUGCUGCCUGCUCACGUUCGCCGUGAACGACCUGCAGAGCUUUCAGAACCUCGGCGGCUGGAAGAAGGAGUUCAUGUAUUACUCUGACGUCAAAGAUCCCGAGCGGUUCCCUUUCGUGGUGCUCGGCAACAAGGUGGACAUGGAGCAGAGGGAAGUUGGCGAGGACGAAGCGCGGGCCUGGUGCGAGGAGAACGGCUGCUGUCCUUACUUUGAGACCAGCGCCAAGGAUGACACGAACGUCACAGCUGCGUUUGAGGCAGCUGUCAGGGAGGUACUAGCUGCAGAGGAUCACAUCGACCACUCGGUGCUGAGUGGAACUAUUGAUCUCCAUGGAAACCGCAAAAUAUCCCGAGGGUCCUGCUGCUGACGAGUCCCGUGUGGAACCUGGCUUUUCCGAAUCUGGAUGGCAGAAAUCUGAUGGCUAAUAAGGGAUUGUUUAUGGUACUCGAAGGGCAGAUACCGAUUGCUCAAGCAUUCUGUGGAUAAGAUACUGCUGAAGCCGUAUCGAUGCUGCUGAUAAGAUGCAAUUUGAGGAGAGCAGGUGGAAGGGUGCAGUCUGUCAAAGGGCUGACUUAUUGCCCCAUCUGAGGUACAGGCACUCUGAAGCACUAUUCCUAUACUCUGAUAGUAUUAUUGCACAAUUCACCUUUUUCUGCACAUGUACAUUUGCGCUCAUUAGUAGCAUUCAGAAUAAUAUAAAUUCAAAUGAACAAAUCGCACACCCAUGUAGUUGUUAACCAGCCAGUAUGCUCAUUUUUUUUUUAGCUUCUCUAUUAGCAGACAAAUGCUAGCAAGAGACCUGUUUGCAAGCUGACUACGUUUGUUUUCCAACCAGGCACGGACAGAUAGGUACGUAGCGAUACUAAGAGAUCGUUGAUCAGAUUAUUUUUAUUGCCCUCAAUAUAAAGGGAAUUGUGAGCAUUGUUUUAUAACUCCAUUCGACUGAAGGUGUUAAUUUGCGGUAAUUCACGUACUGUAUUAGGGCCAGUUUGAAUUUUUUUUAAUUUUUUUUAAUUUACCUUACGUGUUCUACUGUUCAUAAACUGCUGUUUGUUUCUCUGUGAGGCAGCCCCUCCUUCCAUUAUGUGUUGUUAUUUUAAAGAUCAGGAAAUGAUAAGCGUGCUUCCCUGGUGUGAAGAGGAGCUAAUUGUUAUUGCACUGAACAACAAUCAGGGCAUGUUUUUGAUGCUGUCUUUUUGGAUUGUGUGGCAAGCUUUAAAGGGGAACAUUAUCACAAUUUCGGAAGGGUUAAAACCAUUAAAAAUCAGUUCCCAGUGGCUUAUUUUAUUUUUCGAAGUUUUUUUUCAAAAUUUUACCCAUCACGCAAUAUCCCUAAAAAAAAAAGCUUCAAAGUGCCUGAUUUUAACCAUCGUUAUAUACACCCGUCCAUUUUCCUGUGACGUCACACAGUGAUGCCAAUACAAACAAACAUGGCGGGUAGAACAGCAAGGUAUAGCGACAUUAGCUCGGAUUCAGACUCGGAUUUCAGCGGCUUAAGCGAUUCAACAGAUUACGCAUGUAUUGAAACGGAUGGUUGUAGUGUGGAGGCAGGUAGCGAAAACAAAAUUGAAGAAGAAACUGAAGCUAUUGAGCCAUAUCGGUUUGAACCGUAUGCAAGCGAAACCGACGAAAACGACGCGACACGGGAGAAAGCGAGGACAAAUUUAGCGAUCGCCUUCUAACCAACGAUUGGUAUGUGUUUGUUUGGCAUUAAAGGAAACUAACAACUAUGAACUAGGUUUACAGCAUAUGAAAUACAUUUGGCAACAACAUGCACUUUGAGAGUGCAGACAGCCCAAUUUUCAUCAAUUAAUAUAUUCUGUAGACAUACCCUCAUCCGCUCUCUUUUCCUGAAAGCUGAUCUGUCCAGUUUUGGAGUUGAUGUCAGCAGGCCAGGGAAGCUAGGGUCCAUCUCUGUCGUAGCAUAGCUUUCGUCGGUAAAGUGUGCAGAACAAACGUCCAAUUUCUUGCCACUUUCGCAUCUUUGGGGCCACUGGUGCAACUUGAAUCCGUCCCUGUUCGUGUUGUUACACCAUACUUGCCAACCUU